UGUUUUGUUGUGGGCCUGUGCGGAACGGUGCUGUUUGUUGGACAUCUACUUGUGCUACUUGUGGUUGGCUUAAUCGUGUUCGAAGUUGCCAUUGUUAUAAUUGACGAAUAGUAGUGAAAUCAUGCUACCUAUAUUUAAGUUGUUACUGCUAUUUCUUAGUCAAUUUUACCUGGGACACACCUCGAUCAUAAAAAUACAACCAACUACUGACCGUUUGAUCAGUGGCAAGACACCCUGGAACUUAACAGAUGCGAUUUAUGGCACUGCAGGUCUUCGUAGCUUUAAUGGCACAUGGAUAACAGAUGAGGAAUUCUAUUAUACGGCAAGUGAUAAAUCUAUUCACAAAUUCAAUGCUGCAACAAAUACAGAUACUAUAUUCGUGGACUCAUCAUUUCUGGAAUCUUACAGUGGUGCUACCUUCACACUUUCGCAGGACUUUAGUAAAAUUCUGGUGCGCUACAACUUGACCGAGAAGUUUCGCCAUUCUUACGUAGCUCAGUACGAUAUAUAUGAUAUUGCAACAAAUUCGUCUAUUAAGAUCCAUAAGGGUGAGAAGCUGCAAUAUUGUGGUUGGUCACCACUAAAAGAUCGACUUGCAUAUGUAUACCUGAACAAUGUGUACAUACAUUUCAAUGAGAAUCUAGAGAUCCCCAUCACGGAAGAUGGCACAGAUGGCAUUAUCUAUAAUGGAGUCCCUGACUGGGUUUAUGAGGAGGAAGUACUAAGUAGCGGUAGCGCUUUGUGGUGGUCGCCAGAUGGCAGCAAACUUUCUGUAGGAUUCUUCGAUGAUACAAAUGUGGAAACCUUUAAAUAUUUUCUUUACGGCGAUGACUCUACUUCGUAUUAUCAAUAUCCACACGAAGAGGAGUUAAAGUAUCCGAAAACUGGCACACCUAAUCCAAUCGUAUAUCUGCGAGUCUACGAUCUUAGUAAUGAUGAUCCCAUUAUGCGGCGCAUUAAUGCUCCAAUCGAUAUUGUUAGCAGCGAUCACAUUUUGCAGAAUGUGGUUUGGUCGAAUAACAGCCAUUUACUUAUCACUUGGAUGAACCGACGCCAGAAUCUGGCAUCGAUCCAGAGCUGCAGCCACGAUGGCAGCUGUGUUGAGGUUACGCGUAUUGAGGAACCAAACGGCUGGGUUACCAUUAGUACACCCAAGUGUAUUAAUGACGGUCUCAAUUGUUUGUUUAGCUAUUUCAUAGACAACUGGUAUCAAGUUUGGAACCUCAAUCUACAAACGGGCGUAAAUAGCUGGAAAUCUCGGGGAAACUUCACUGUUCUCAAUAUCUAUGGCUAUGAUGAAAUCAACGAUAAGCUUUACUAUCAGGCUACUCAACGGAAUAAUCCAGCUGUGUAUCACGUGUACAGUAAUGAUGACUGCCUUAGCUGCAACCGCUAUGAUGUUGACAAUGAAGAAUGUAAAUCAGCUAGCGCCACUUUUAGCAAAUCCUUUUCUUUCUACACUCUCUCCUGUGUUGGACCCAAUCCGAUCUACACGAAAAUCUAUGAAGUUGCUAGUGACACAAUGGUGAAGGAUUGGGAGCUGAACAGCCAGUAUAGAACGACAUUGGAGGGCAAGCUGCGUCCUAGUUACUCAUUUAUUAACGUAGCUCUUGCCGAUGGAAGCACGGGCAUUGCUAAGUUGGCACUGCCACCAAAUUUUGAUGAAUCCAAGAAGUACCCAAUGAUUGUUGUAGUCUAUGGAGGGCCCAAUUCAGUGCGAGUAACGAACUCAUUUACUGUGGGUUAUGAGGCCUUUGUAACAACCAAAAGAGAUACCAUUUACGCUUAUAUAGACGGCCGUGGUACCGGAAACAAAGGCAAGGAUCUAUUGUUUUCUGUCAAUAAUGACUUGGGCGAUUAUGAGGUCGAAGAUCAAUUGUAUGUCACCAAGUGGUUGCAAGAUAACUUAGUUUUCAUAGAUCCAAACCGCACAGGGAUUUGGGGAUGGAGCUAUGGUGGUUAUAUGACAGCCAAAACUAUUGAAAAAGACGAUUCUCGCGUCUUCCAAUGUGGUGUUUCAGUGGCGCCUGUGACUUCGUGGCUAUACUACGAUACCAUCUAUACGGAGCGUUAUAUGGGACUACCCACCUUGGAGGAUAAUGCGCAAAAGUAUAAUGAGAGUAACGCCUUCCAUCAUUUGGAGAACUUCAAGACCCAUGAUUUCUUGCUGGUUCAUGGCUCUGGUGAUGAUAAUGUCCAUUAUCAGCAUUCACUGCUAUUAGCCAAGCUUCUUCAAAAAGCUGACAUUCAAUUUGAUGAGCAGACUUACACCGAUGAGAACCACAGUAUAGGCAAUGCGCUGCCACAUUUGUAUAAUACCAUUGACAACUUCUGGAUCAAGUGUCUAAACUACAGCGAAACUGAAAAUGUAUAACCUUUCAAAAAAAUGUCUCUAAUAAUCUUAUUUGCUUAUUAAAAUGAUAUGCAUCGCACCAAUAA